UGAAAGACAUACUGAAAUUUGAUGAGAUACAGUUUCUUUAGAAAAAUAUCAGUAGCUAAGAGUUGUAAGAAAUGAGUGAAGAAGCAACAUCCCUGAUGGAUCUUCCAUCUCCAAUCUUGUUACAAAUUCUCUCUACAUUACCCCCUACCACACUCUUAUACGUCAAAACCGUCUCCAAAUCUUUUCUAAAUCUAACCUUAGAUUCUGAAUUUUUAGAACUGUCACGUUCAGCCAGCAUCAUCAUCCACCAAUUCAACUCUAAUAGGACCAACACCUUAAAGUUUUUGAAAUUCGUAGUUGAUAACUUUGAUCAUGAUCCAAUUGGUGACCUUGAUCUACAACUUCACUUUCCUGUUGAUCAAUUUUUCCUAGUUGGAUCGGUUCAUGGUUUUGUUUGUUUUAAUUACUUUUUCGGUGAUGUUGAUAGUAUUUACAUCCUCAAUCCAACAACAAGAGAAUAUAUCAUCCUUCCUGAGCCACAACGGGUAAGAAAGUGGCCUAAUAUAGUCAGGUAUGGCUUCGGUUUUGAUCCUGUUAGGUUCGAGUACAAAGUGGUUAGAAUUUACCAAGAGGAGAUUCGCGAUGAUGAUACUAAUGGUUUUCGUUAUUACAAGUCUGAAGCUCAAGUUUACAUAAUUGGCAAAGGGUAUUGGAGAAGUUGUGUAGAACAUGUCAUGUUCGGGUUUGGAUGUUGGGUAGAGGGGGUGAAUCUAUAUGGAAAACUUCAUUGGUUGGUUUCUGAUGCUAAUGGAAAUGAGUUAAUAUGUUCGUUUAAUUUGGAGAAUGAGUUGUUUGAAUCAUUCCCAACUGCUCCAGGAUACACAAUGGAAAAUUGCCCAAAUUUACGCAGUUUGGGAGCUUUUGGACGUUGCUUAUGUGUGUGUGAUAAUAAUGCAGAUACUCAGUUUGAGGUAUGGGUGAUGAAAGAAUACGGAGUUACUGAUUCAUGGGUUAAACAGAUUGUGAUAAACAUAGCUCCUGAAUGCAACGAUUGGUUGUGCUAUGAAAUGAUUAAUCUGUUGAAAGUUUUUGAGGAUGGAGAGGUGUUGUUCUUGUGGCGCGAUGAUUUCUUGUUCUUGCACCAUCCUGUGAAGAAAACUUUGAAAAAGCUUGAUGUCAGUGAUGGGAACUUGUUGGCAUCUGUCCAUGUAUCAAGCUCUUUCUCUCUCAAGAAUUUUGAAGCAGAGGUUGUGAAGGUCUUUUAGAUACAUACAUAUAUUGUACUAGUAGACAUGCCAAAAGCAAAAAAAUUCUGGUAGUAAGAACUGCAAUAAACAAGAAUAUAUGCAUUCAAAAUGUCUAGACUGAACAUUGAGUGCGUGGACAAUUCGAGUAACAUUGAAAAAAAGAGUUGGAAUUUUCAGAAAAUAACAAAGCAAGGAGGCUGAGAGAGAAAUACUGCAAUGCAAUCAAAGGAAAAUAUUUUGAUCGAUAGUGAAAAGAUAAUGUAAUGAAUAAGUUUUGCUUGUAAGUAGCUAAUAUUCUCUCCUUAUUUGAUCCAUAGUCAAAGACGUGUUAAAUUACAA